AUAAGAACUCGCGAUAUUAUGAUAACAAAAAAAGACAUCUUAUAAUUUUUGUUAAUUAUUUUUGUUCGUACUGACUGCCUUGCUGUAGUUCAGUGUCGGGCCUUCACUCAAUGAUCAUCUAGGAGUAUAAGAAUAAAAAUCUUACGAAUAGCAAAACCUUUUUAGGUGUUUGAUGAGAGAAAUUCUCAUUAAAAAGUGAAGGCGUUUCGUUGCCAGCGUCAACGAAACGUAACGAAACCCCUCUGUGUGAAAUUAUUUAAAUCGUGUUCACACUUAUCGAGAGCUGUGUACUUUGUACACUUGUUAUACAUACUUGUAUGGACGUGAAAAACGUUAUUAUCUUGUGAGUUCGCAUUAUGCAACAGCAAUCGUUUCAAUGGGCAUAACACCAAAUACCAAUGGACGAAAGGGUAAGUAUCCGCGAUAAUACGAAGCCUCUGAGGAAAUAUGGUAGCAUAAGUAACAAUACCAACUUCACACGAAAUGAGCACUACAUCAAACAUGUUGUAACAGCAACAGAUACAUUGCAAGGGCUUGCACUUAAGUACAGUGUGACGACUGAGCAAAUACGAAAUGCCAACCGACUCUUUACGAAUGACAGUUUGUUCUUAAGAGAACAUCUAAACAUACCUACUUGCGAUACCAAUGUGAUUGGAUCAAACAACUUCCAAAAUGACAAAGGAUCAAAACCAUCAAACAUAUCACCAAUUGAAGAGCACAACAUUGAUGACUGUAAUAAUUUCUUAAAUAAAAUAGAUCAUAAAAUUGCUAGUGCAAGAGCUCAAGUUAUAGAUAGUCAAGACAGAAGUGUGUACUGUCCAGAAGAACAAGUAUUGUUUACACGACAACGACUAGCAAGUCGUAGAAUACAGGGUCCUUCACUAAGUUCAGAUGAUAUACCAAUAAUUGUGACCCAGAAUAAAAAGUUGAUGAAUUCACGGCAACGGCUUGAACAAGAGGAAGAAGAAAUGUUUAAACUGUGAUAAAUAAUAGUAUAAUAUAUCUAGCCAAUAUUUUGUUUAACUAUAACUAUUUCAUAGUAAUUACCUUAAAAUAA